AUGGCGACGGAAGCCGCAUUGGCUUUCCGGCAGAAGGCCCUGCUCGAGAUGGUUAUUGAGGCGGUUGAGAAGGAUGCGAGCGAAGAUCUUCCCGGCGAUGUUCAGCAGGGAGAUGCCGCUGUGAUUGUCGCAGACUUGGCGAUUCCCUUUUCGCUUGUUGAGAUGAACGAUGGUUGCGUCUUUGAAAUCUUGCGGGACUUAGCCUUGACGCCACAUCUCCUGGAAGAGCGCCUAAAGGCACCUUCAUCAUGGCAUCGAAAAUACCGAAACUGUUACUACUACUACUACUACUACUACUACUACUACUACUACUACUACUACUACUACUACUACUACUACUAUUACUACUACUUCUACUACUACUACUACUAA